UGAGCACAUCAAAAUCAUUACUAAAUUUCAAGCUUUAUUUUUUGGAUUUUUUUUUUUUAUUUUAAAUUUUUUGACAAAUUUUCGUGAGUUAUCGCCGAAUAUUUGCACGGUUUUUACAUUGAGAAGUGAUAUACUGUUGUGGCCCUUCUAAUUUAUACCGCUAAUACCGAGAUGGUUAACCGGCUAACAGAGCAAAUGGUUGAGGCCAAGUCGAAGUGUUCCGAUUAUCGCAAAGUCGUGAAGCUCAAUGCCUGGGGUGGCGAGCUAGAGGACAUUACCAUCUGUUUGAGGAUGCCGCUCUUGGAAGUCUUGGCCCUCAGCGUUAACAAGAUCAAAACUCUGAGCAGUUUGCAGAAUUGUUACAAUCUGAAGGAGCUCUAUUUACGCAAGAACGAGAUCGAGAGCUUUGAGGAGUUGUGUUUCCUGUCCAAAGCCCGGUCAUUGACCUCGCUCUGGAUAGCGGAUAACCCAUGCUCAGAAGCUGCCGGUGACAAUUAUCGGGCCUGUGUGCUGCGCAAGUUGCCGAAACUUAAGAAGCUGGACAAUGUAGAUGUAUCCGAUCAGGAGCUGGAAGCCGCCCUGCGAAACGAGUAUUUCCCGAGUAUGACCAAUGCCAAUGCUGCUGAUUCUGCCUCCAUUCCCAUUGAGGAGUUCGGUGGUAGGGGCAGGUCCCGUCUAGAACGCAUGGAAAGGGAUCAGGCGGAAGAUGAGAUCGUACGGAACCGAGAACGCGAUCUGCGUUGUAGGCAGCGGGAUGUGCAGCGGCAGCGGGAUGUGCAGCGGCAGCGGGAUGUGGAGCGGCAGCGGGAUGUGCAGCGGCAGCGGGAUGUGCAGCGGCAGCGAGUGGUCAGGAACGCUGGCGCAGAUUUCACGGAGCUUGAUGUUUCUGGCCUAAGCAGGAGUCGAUCGACUUCGCCCUGUCGAAAUGCUGCACCUGUCCUUCGUGGACUUCAAAGCCAGCCGUUUCAGCAGUGUCCAAGCGGAGGAGCCUAUAGAUCCUCUGCCGUUUCGGGAGCCGCUGCUGCCUUAAGGAUGGCCCAUAACCACCUGGACGCCGUUAAUGCCAGAAGCCAUGAUGUCUAUUCCAUCCCCACCGGUAACGGAAGUUUUAUUCCCGAAAUGAUUACUUGUGUAACGCCUCAGGAGACGUAUUAUUCCGGGAAUGUUGAAUAUUUAGAUCAGCGAAGCAAUCGUCAAAGUAAUAUCCUCUCCGCCGCAUUCUGCCUUAUCCGAGAAAUGGACUCAAUCGCACUGCAGGCCCUUAGUGAAGCCAUCCACGAUCAAAUCUAUAAUCAAUAGAUGAACCUUGUAAAUUCCAUCGGUCGAUAUAUAGAAUAUUUUCAAAAUUGUUAUUCGUUCUCCGAGGCUGAUCCGGUCAAAUUGGCUCUCCUUGACAAGGAAGCCAAUGACAAGUCGUCAGUAAAGCCGCAUCUGGUGUUUACCCAUUGCUUUUAAUAUAUAUACAAAUUUAUUUGUAGAUACCUUUAUUUUAUGCACUUAUGACAAUAAUUAAAAUAUUUCAAAAAGUCA